AUGAAUUGCAUCAUACCGAAAUCCCUUAAGAAAUUAGUAUCUGAAGCUCAAUCAUCAAGCCAUUUGAACGCAAAUAGAAGUAGGCUGUCUUUUGUAGGUAAGCCAUAUUUAAAUUCACUGAGAGCAUCCAAUUUGAGCCAAAACAAGCCGGGAAUUUAUCGCUCAAGAACAUCCAGCUGUGUCUGUGCUUUGCAAGCCCUUGGAGAAGCUAUAAGCAGACCAAAGAGUACUAAUAGAAAAAAUCAAAGAUCUUCUUCAGAAAAGGUCCUUAAGCCAAUAUUGAAAAAAGAAGAAGAAAAAUGCUUGCCUAAUGAGCGAAAAGUUCAAUUAACCGUCAUAUUCCCUAAUUUAUGCGAAAAAGAAAUUCAAUGUUACCUAAUUUUUAGAAAUUGUUUUAAAUAA